UAUUAAAACCGCAGAAUUCAAUGUGAUUGGAAACGGGGAACCAGUGGGACCUCCUACUCCUCCGCCAUUAGACGGUGUAUCCUCCGCCCAAAACGGAUUGCAACCAGACCUAACCUUGGUCAUUUUUCAGAUGCGAAAUUGUCGCCUCACACACGGAAUGGAUAGACCUCGUCUUAUCGUUUUCACCAACCAAAAAAGAGAGCCCCGUUAUGGCCCAACAAAACUCAGCCCAAUCUCAGAUCACAAAUCUCUGCCAAUCAUCCUGAGGUCAACAGUGACAUAGUUUGCAUAAGUGAACGUUCUCUCUAUCUGUCAUUAACUCGAAUCCAAGGGAACACCGCAAAUUAUCAUAUCGUGCCUUUUUUUAGCUCUAAUACAUGGCGGACGAGGAACUUGUUGAUCAAAAGAAGUAUCUCGAGGACUCUUGCAGGCCUAAAUGUGUGAAGCCUUUACUUGAAUACGAGGAACUAAAAGAAAUGACGCUGCUUAUUGUUUUAUGUGGCACUUCAUCAGUCUGGGGUCGUGAAAUGAGUGCAUGUGUUAAGAGAGUUGAAGGAGAUGACAGUGGCCACAAACAUUGUACAGGGCAGUACUUUGACUAUUGGUUCUGUAUUGAUAAAUGCGUUGCACCGAAGCUAUUCUCUAAACUGAACUGACAAGGAGCGCUUUCAGGACACCACUUUCGUUUCCAAUUCGAGUUUUUUGCUAUCUUAGUUAUGUGAAAUGUUGCUUGGCUGAUUCGUGUCAACCCUUUAUCAUUUUGACAAGGAAAACCUGUUGAAUUAGAAUAACAGAGAAUGUUGUGACUUGAUGGAUUUGUAAGCUGUUGCAGCAAAUAUCAUGCGAAGUCACGAUGAAAAGAUCGAAAGACUCAUGAUUGGGUUUAUAGUAUCAGUAGUUCUGCCCUCUUUUCAUAGAAAGAGGUA